AUGAGCAGCUUAAUCACCACUGUUGUGGUUGUCAUUGUUCUGGUCAUCGUCCUCGGCGGUGGAAUUCUCACCCUCGCCCUGGGCUGGAACACCUUUAUCCCACGCCUAAUCCCCUCGAGGUGGCGAACAAACAAGUCCAAGGAGCAGCAGCAACUGUGGCCGUCGGAGAAAUACCCAUACCCCCCGAGAGGCUCGGUUGAGACGGACUGGGCAAACUCCCCCAUAGAAUCACCGGCCAACUCUCCCGUGGCAUCGCCGAGGGGAUCCAGACAGAGUUCCGACCUCAUGGCAAAGCACGCUUCCAUGAAAGAGGUUGUCUAA